CACAGAGGCUCCUUAGAGUGAGAGUGGGAGGCAGCUGUAUUCUUCUGGAGUCUUUGGACAUUGGGCUAUUUCUCCCAGUCAAAACUCCCAGAGCCUGUGUGCAUCAGGAAGUGAGGUCAAGCACGCUGGACCCCAAGAGUGCUCUGAAUGCAUCAGGGAGAGGGAGACCAUCACACCAUGGCCAUGAACCCCGGGUCCCCGAUGUCUACUCAGCUGAAGAACAGAGGCAACACAGCUACCCCUGGAAGCGGGAGAUGCUUUCUCGUCAGGCACACGCCUCAUCCCAGGAGAGUCUGCCACAUUAAAGGCUUGAAUAACAUUCCAAUCUGCACUGUGAAGGAUGAUGAGAUUGCACUCAGAACGUUGCAGGAAGGUGGCCAGCUCAGCCACCUGGAGAAGAAUGAUAUCCCACCUGCCAGAGGCAGCUGCCUGCCCAGCCCUGCAGCCCCAGGGAGCCUUGUCCAAGGAGUGUCUCCAGCCCCAAACAGUGUCAAGAUGCCCACGCGACCACAUUCUGAGCCCAGUAGAAAAGUCAAUGAGUUCUUCAAAACUUCCAGUGACAAUCCCUUUGUAAUCAAAAAGGAAGAAUUUAAGGCCAAGAAUCUGCCAUUACCUUCAAAGGCAAGCUCUACGGCUGUCUCCUGCUCUUCAGAGGGAAGCCUACCCAGGUCUGAUGUCAAAGAGAAGACCGUGUGCAUACCAAACUACCUGGAACAGGAAAUAAAAAUCCUGGCAAAGCUCUGUGACAUUUUACACACUGAUUCCUUGGGAGAAGUUCUACAGUGGCUGCUUCAUGCAAGUACAAAAGAGAAACAGUGGGUGUCAGCGUUGGUUCACUCGGAGCUGGCUGAGAUAAACUUAACUCGCUGCAGAAGGAACCGGGCAGUGGAACCUACACCGAAGGCGGGGAAGCCACCCAUAGCUAAAUGCCCUCCUGUCAACUCACCUGCAAGCCCACCUGCAGAAUCAGAAGCACUGGCAUCAGUGAGGGAGCCAGCCCGAGUGCCAAGUCAAGGAUCAGAAGGAAAUAAGGAAUUGCCAAAAGGGGCUGAGCAGAAGCCUCCACUGUUUAUAAGAAGCACCAAGAUGAAAAUACCUGUUACAGAGUACUUCAGCAAACCGAAGUCUCCUCUCAGGCCUGAUGCUUGGGACCUCAGAUCCACGAAGCCAAUGUCAGCAAGGAGUGUGCAACAUGGACUUAACCUCUGUCCUCGAAGUGUGUCUCACCCUUUAACACACUGAAGGUAGAAACUGGAGGCUGUCCAGCUCUGCCACACACGAGCUGCACACUGCUACUACAUCAAAUCGUUUUUUAAAAGAUUUGAGUGAUCCUCAUUAUCGUGGCACAUAAAAAUCUCAAAACACCCAUAUAUAACCUACAAAUAAAUGUUAAUGGAGAUAAUA